AUGGAAGGUCUUAGUCGUAGACGAGGUUCUCAGAAAGCCAAGGUUACAAUCUUUAGCAAAUACAUAUCUCCAUUACAUGACAGAAUAAAAAAGGGUGAAAGCAUUUCCGAGUUAGAGGUGUUACAGACGGUCGAAAUGUUGAGCGGUAUUGAGAACUUAGUUGAAUUUAAUGAAAUUCAAGAUCAAAUUGAAACUUUAGUCAAAGCGGAUCAGUUAGCUACGGAGGUUCUUGAGGGCGAGGAAUUUUACAAUAAGCACUCUUCUGUAGUAGCGAUCGCGAGAAAAAUCAUCCGCGAUUAUGGGGGCGAUAAAGCUAGUGAGCACUCUAAAAAUUCAUACGCGGGUCACUGUAUUAAGCUGAAACCGAUAGAAUUAGGGCAUUUUAACGGGAAUAUGGAAAAUUGGCUUGAUUAUGCUAAUAUCUUUGAGUCCUUAGUCAACAAGAAUGAGUACUUAGAUAAUAUUAGGCGUUUUUAUUAUCUAAGAAGUUCUCUACAAGGCAGCGCCGCUCAAAUCAUACGAACUUUGGAAUUCACCGCGGAAAAUUACGAGAUUGCGUGGAAAUUAGUUAGGGAAAGGUACGAUAAUAAUAGAUUAUUAAUAUCCAAUCACGUCAAUGCGUUAUUCAAUAUAGAACCGAUAAAUAAAGAGUCAUCUGGUAGAUUGCGGCAACUAGUUGACAUUUUUUCAAAACAUUUAUACGCAUUAAAGCAACUAGGCUUACCUACAGAAUAUUGGGCGUUCUCCUGA